CCCAGCAGGAAUGGCUCUGAUCCCUUCAUUCUGGGUGGCUCUGAUCCCUCCAUUCUGGCUGUUUCUGAUCCCUCUAUCCCAGAGCAACGUCUCUCAUGGCUCUCAUCCCUCCAUCCCAGGUUAUCAGGCUCCAGACAAAAUUGACAGCAAGUUUUUUGACCCCAAAUACGCCUUCAAGGACGUGGAGGUUGUCACCAAGUCUGUCAGUGAGCUGGUCAGCAAAAAGAAGCCCAAGGCCGAGGGCUAUGCCGAGGGUGACACCACCCUGUACCAUCGCUUCACCCUCAUGGACUUCCUCAAGGCUGCCAACCCCGUGGACUUCCUCUCCAAGGCCAAUGAGAUCACCCUGGGGGAUGGGGAGCUGGAGAAUCACAGCUCCACCACGGAGGAGCUGCGCCAGUGCUGCAGGGACAUCCGAGUGCUGGGCCGCAAGGAGCUCAGGGCUCUGCUGAACUGGAGGACGAAGCUGCGGCGGUUCCUGGCCAAGAAGCUGAAGGAGCAGGCCAAGGAGAUGGAUAUCAACCUGAGCUCCGGUGAGGAGGAGGAGGGCAGGGAGGAGGAGAAGAAGGAGAAGAUGGAGGCCAAAGCUGCAGCUGCUGAGGAGGAGAAGGAGCAAGAGGAGGUGGAGCUGGCUUUGGCAGAGAUGAAGGCCAAGGAGCUGGCAGAGCUGAAGAGGAAGAAGAAGAAGAUCCUGAAGGAGCAGAGGAAGCAGCGGGAACGUGUGGAGCUGAAGAUGGACCUGCCUGGAGUGUCCAUCGCUGACGAUGGUGACACCAGCAUGUUCUCCCUGAAGAGCAUCCACAGGACCCCGCUGCUGAAUGAGCUGUCCCGGGGGGACAUGGCCUCUGCUGACGCCCUGCUGGAGAUCAGCCCUGGGGACGAUGACAUUUACGUGUCUGAUCACGAGGAAGAGGAUGAUGAUGUGUCCCUGGCCAGCGACCUGGACCCCGAGGAGCUGCUGGAGAUCGAGGCCCGGCAGCGGAAGCUGCAGCGGGAGCAGCGAGGGAAGAGGACCAAGUUUAAGCAGAAGGAGGAGGAGGAGGAAGGGCAGGAAGUGGAGAAUCCUCUGCUGGUGCCCCUGGAGGAGAAGUCGGUGCUGGAGGAGCGACAGACCAGCCUGUGGUUUGGGAAGGACGCCUUUGCUGGCAUCGAGGAUGAUGCAGACGAGAAGCUGGAGCUGGGCCAGGCCCAGAUGUUGGCUGAGAAGCAGCGUGAGGCUCAGAGAGACAAAACAACAAAGAAAGGGCAGAAGAAGAAGAAGGAGGAGGCCCAGGAGGAGGAUCCAGCCGAGCCCAGCCCUGCAGCAGCCCCAGCUCCCGAUGCCAGUGAAGAAGCUAAAGAGGAGCAGAGCAGUGAUGAUGAUGAUGACAGCAGCAGUGAGGAUGAGAGGCCCCUGGCACCAGUGGGGAGGAAGCGAGGCCGUGCUGAGCCCUGUGGCUUCGAGGUGGUGCCUAUUGAGAGGCCAGUGAAAAGAGUCCUGGAUGCAGAGGGCCUUGCCCUCGGCUCUGUCAUUGCCAGCUCCAAAAAGGCCCGGCGGGACCUCAUCGACGACUCCUUCAACAGGUACUCGUACAACGAGGAGGAGGGGGAGCUGCCCGAGUGGUUCACGGAGGAGGAGCGGCAGCACCGGCGCCGGCAGCUGCCCGUGGACAGGCAAACGGUGGAGGCCUAUCGGCAGCGCUGGAAGGAGAUCAACGCACGGCCCAUCAAGAAGGUGGCAGAGGCCAAGGCCCGCAAGAAGAAGAGGAUGCUGAAGAAGCUGGAGCAGAUGAAAAAGAAGGCUGAGGCUGUGGUGAGCACCGUGGACAUCUCAGAGCGGGAGAAGGUGGCCCAGCUGCGCCGCAUCUACAAGAAGGCUGGGCUGGCUAAGGAGAAGCGCCAGGUCACCUACCUGGUGGCCAAGAAGGGCGUGGGACGUCGGGUGAGGCGUCCCCCUGGUGUCAAGGGCCAGUUCAAGGUGGUGGACAGCCGCCUCAAGAAGGAUGUGAGGGCUCAGAAGCGCAAAGAGCAGAAGAAGAAGCGCCACAAGUGAGGUGGGAGUGGCUCCAUCCCCAGCAAGGGACUCUGCUCGGGGCACAGGGCUGGCUCCUGUGUCCCACUGCCACCUCAGUAGCCCUGGGGACAGCCUGGGGCUUGGCCACACCUUGCUUAGUCCGUGCCUUGCUGUGACAGUGCCUCGUGCCCUCCCCUGGGCACAGAGGGGUCAUUUGGCCCCAGUGCUGUGGCCCCGGCCCCUGGUCACAGCUCCAGGUGUCACCAGGCUGGCUCUGCUGGGUGACUCCCCUGGGGACAUCACAGGAGCAUCCCCAGCUGUCCCCAGGGAGGGUGUGGCUCUGGAGACACCCCUGGGCCAGAUUUGUCACUGAGGUGGCAGAACAGUGGUGGCUCUGUCUGGAGCAGCUGCUCAGGACAGCAGAGUUUGACCUGAGGCUGCCCAGGGCUGUGUCACGUGCCUGGGUGAGGUGAGGGACCCGUGCUGCACAUGUCCCCUUGUGCCAUGUCACUGCUGGCCGUGUUCUCUACAGCUGCUCAUGCCUCCAGAGCCCUCCCAGCUUUGUCUGACAGGGAUUGACUCUCCUGACCACAGCAGCCAUCCUGUCCCCUCUGUCCCCACCCCCUUCUCCCUCAAGGAGAAGAAAGACCAAGAGUAAGAAGUGUU